CGUUGGGAAUAACAGCGGCGAUGUUUAUGUGUCCCGAUGCCUCCAUGUCCUUUUAAAACUACAACAAAUGGGUCCGGUGUUUAGGAUCUGGCGGCUCUGAGCCGAGAGGCUGCAAACAGCAGCUGAGUGUAGAUUAAAACGUCUCGACGGAAGCUCACGGAAACACAACAAUUCUAAUUCUCACGUGGUGAGGGAUGCUUAUUAAUUCUACGUUGCUGCACACCCGCCCUUUAAUGAAAGCACAUGGCAGGAUGCAGUUUAGAGGCCGAAAUCGUUUUAAUGGAGGCUUGGCUUUUAACAUACUGCCGCGCUGAAGCAGAACCCGGGGGAGGAGGCGUCAUAUGUGCACCGUGGGCGCGAUCGCCGAGCCGAGUCAUUACACGCGUGUGCAGAGAGAUCCAUGACUAAGCACCGAGCGGGAGCCGGGAGUCGGCCCAGGGCUGCAAAUGAUAACAACCCGCUUCACUUCCUGCCAGGCACCAAAGUCCAACGCUGGCACGCGCCAAAACAACAUCUGAACACAAAACGCGUACUUUCAGCGAGGUAGCACUUGGUGGAUCGAACGUUUGAUAGUGUCACUCGGUUUACUUUUUCUUAAAAGCAGGAAAAACAGUCAAAGAAAAUCAAAGGCGAAGGUUCCCAUCGCAGUGAAACACCUGCUACCUUCAGAGCCUCUGCUGGAUUUAUUUUUCCACUUUUGAACAUGAAGGUUUGGGGGAAACGUGCAGUUUUCUCACAACACCACAGACUGAACCGCUCGAGUCUGUCCAUGUGUGAGCAGUGAAAAUCCCCCUCUGACAUGUGGACGCCGGCGUGUUCCACGCAGCUCAUCACAGAACCCGACUCCGCUUCGCACUUUCAAAGGACUCCGAUCUUUCCCAAAUAAACAGGAUUCCAUUUUGGUUUUGGAGCCCUGCUGUCGUGUCGCGUGCGGGGCUGCUCGAAGGCCCCCCCCCCCCCGAAGCCCCCGAGCGGUCUGGGACCAGCCGUCCGGCGGGAUUGAUGUUCUUACGUAGUGCGAGUGCAUUGCAGCCUUGGAUCCGGCGUGGAACCGCCACAGUCCGCCCGGGCGCCCCGCCUUCGGGCCGGAGACGCUCCAAACCAGCAACUACUCGCUGGUGUUACUGAUCCAGCUCAGCCUGCUCUCCUUCGACCUGUUCGUCAACUCCUUCAGCGAGCUGCUGAGGCACGAGCCGGCGGUCCAGCUGGUGCUUUUCAUAAUCCAGGACAUCAGCAUCCUGUUCAACCUGAUCAUCAUUCUGCUGAUGCUGUUCAACACCUACGUGUUCCAGAUCGGCCUGGUCGCCGUAUUGCUGGAGCGGUUUAGAGCCGCGCUAAUGCUCUCUGCUCUCUAUUUGACCUUCAGCAUCAUACUCCACUCCUGGCUUAUGAAUCUACGUUGGCUGAACACUAACAGAUUUAUUUGGACGGACGGCCUGCAGGUGCUCUUUGUGUUUCAGAGAGUUGCCUCUGUGCUGUACUACUACUUGUACAAGAGGACGUCGGAGUACCUGGGUGACCCCCGGCUCUACGAGGAUUCGCCGUGGCUGCGGGAGCUGUUCGCUCGGGUCAGACAGUGACCCCCCCCACCGAGAGCGCGAGGCAACGAAAAGGCGUCCCGGUGAAGGAUCCGUGCAGGGGAACAGUGCGUGCGUCCAUGAGCGGCACGUCAAUGCACUCUGCAAUUGCCAAGAAAAUACCAAUGGCGCUCUGGGAACACUCGUUUGAAAUAGGACAUUUAAUGUAAAAAUUAGCAUUGUAAAUAGAUUUGACAGGAUUGUAAUUGAGACACAUCGAACAGAACAUUUCCUUUCCAGCGCAGGAAGGAUUGUGCCAAAAUCUGCCGAGACGUUUUAGAACUACGAGGUCUCGGCAGGUGAAAGCGACGAGAGAAGUGAGACGAUUUCUAAUGUUCUGUGAUACCACAUGCCCUCUUCCCUUUUGUCUUCCUGAUGCAUUUUUUAAAAAGAAUAUUGCGGUUGUUUUGUAUACAUUUGGGACUAUUUGCGUUGCUUUGAGUUUGUUUGUAAUGUGGAUACUAAACAUUGUUUGACUUUAUUACAGUUACUAAACAGUCUGUGAAACCUGACCGUGUUACAUGCUUAAAAAUACAAUAAAAACGUCUUUUGUGUG